CGUCGGUCUGUGACUUUUCCCCGGGCGCGAGCGGCCCGCGCUUGGCGGCGAGCGAUGUGGAUGUGAGGAGACGGAGCCACCCCGAUGCCCGCUGCUAUGCUCCCGUGCCCUGCGCCGGCCGGGUCCGACUGGAGCUUCCAGAACCCGGUGGGGGUGGACUGCAGCUCCCCCGAACCCCGCUGCAUCUGGCUGGCGGUGCUCCGCGGGACCGCCGGCCCACCGCCGGCGCCUGCGCCUUCUGCCAUGCCCACCGGGCACAGCCAGAGCUUUCACCUGCCCAGGGCUAAGGGGCGGAGGGAUGGUCUCUCCUCAGCCAGUGACAACCCUCGGCCGCCGAUGGCGACCCGGCCGGGAAGGGAGGGGGUCGGCAUGGGCUGGAAGGGUCCCCGGACGCUGGUCCUCCAUAAGAACUCCCAGGGUUUCGGUUUCACGCUGCGCCACUUCAUCGUUUACCCUCCAGAGUCCGCCCUGCACACCAACCUCAAGGAUGAGGAGAACGGGAACGGGAAGGGGUGUGAGAAAGGUCGCCUGGAGCCGAUGGACACCAUAUUUGUGAAGAAUGUCAGGGACAAAGGUCCGGCCCACCAGGCGGGCCUGUGCACAGGGGACCGGCUGGUGAAGGUGAACGGGGAGAGCGUUCUGGGGAAGACGUACUCGCAGGUGAUCGCCCUCAUUCAGAACAGUGAGAGUGUGCUGGAGCUCUCCAUUAUGCCAAAAGACGAAGACGUGCUUCAGUUGGUAAGUGCGUACUCCCAGGAUGCCUACCUGACGGGGAACGAGCCCUACGCCGGGGGAGCGGAGAACCUCCCGCCGCCGCCUCCCUUAUGUUACCCCCGCGCCAAGACCACGCCCCUGGUCGGAUCCCCCCUGUCGGCGCCCAUGGGCCAGAACCAGCUGGAUAACUGGAGUCGCUGGCCAGGCUCUUCCAGCCCCUCGUCACCUCUGGACAACCGCUCCGCCGUGGGCAGCCCCGCCAGCUGGCAGGAGGGGCGAGCGGGCGAGCCCGGCGGCGUGGGCCACAGCAGUCCGGCCCACCGCACGGAGGAGAUCCAGUACGGCAUGACCAGCCAGCAGCCUCAGGGCCAGACCAGGGGGCGCUCCUACUCUUCCUCCUCGUCCUCGGGAGGCCCUCUGUCCAGCCCGCUGCAGGUCCACUACCCCAACCACCAUGGCGGCAGCUCCUCGCAGGCUCCGCCGCGCAAGUCGGGCCCGGCGUGGACCAGCCCGCCGCUCCCUCAGGUGGGCCACGGCCGCAGCGAGCGCUGCCAGCAGGCCCUCUCCGACUGGUACUACAGCCAGCAGCCCGAGCGCCCGGGCCGCAGCAUGCAGACCCGGCACCGCAGCUACUCCCAGGACCGCCUCAUCGACUCCCGCCGCCAGCAGCAGCGGUCGGGCGCCUGGCCGCACAGCGCCUCCCAGGACACCCUGCUGCUGCUGCAGCAGUCCGGGCCCGGUCCGCAGGGGGAGCCCUACUGGUCCUACGGAGACUGGGAGGGGGGCCCGGGCAGGGGCCAGCAGGUCUCCAGCUACACACGGACGCGCUCGGAGAACCUCCUGGCCCAGUACGACCGCCACGGCCGCUCGCUGGAGACGUUGGACCGGGCGGCAGCUGGCCUGGUCUCGCCUCGGUUCGAGAGGCCGUCGUGGCACCAGCAGGCCUCCCAGCCUCCCCCGAGGACAGACGUCUACCCUCGGCCGGGGGGCCACUUCAGCGCGGCGCAGGCCGCGCCGCCGCCGCCGCUCCGGCACUCCCAGCCCCACUCCAAACACCACGCCCAGGCCCCCCCGCAGCCCCAGCAGGCGGCGCCGCAGAGCCGGCGGCUUCCCGCGGGGCAGAGCGUGGACGACCAGCCGGUGGGCUACCGCAGCUACAGCCCCUCGUUCUACCGCAAGACGGGCCGCAUCAUGCAGCAGGCUCACUCCUUCAGGGACCCCUCGUACUCCGGCCCCCACUUGAACUGGAACCCGGAGGGCACGGCGGCGCCCGUCGCCGCCUCCGCCGCCUCCCCGCUCGCCUCCGAGUCCCCGGACCGCGCCUACAGGCCCACCAACCACGAGAGAGAACGGGUGGAGGCGGCGGAGGCGGCGCAGACUCAGGAGGUGGUGAUGAGGCAGAAGCCCCCCACCGGGCGGAGGAACGCCCACGGCGUGCGGAACCCCCACUACGCCCUGGCCAUGGACGGGCUGGAACCCUCUCUGUUUUCUCCCGACCCCAAAGACUCCGCCUCCUCCACCCCGGGCUCCGCAGGAGACGCGGCCCCGCGCAAACCAAACGGCAGCCUGGCCCCCCUCCCCAUCGAGGACGACUCUCUGGCCUCCAUCCCGUUCAUAGACGAGCCAACCAGCCCCGGCGCUGACUUGCGCGCCCGCCACGUGCCGGCGUCCUCCGUGGUGUCCAGCGGCAUGACUUCUGCGCCCGCCGUGGCCACCAGCCCCGCCUCCCCCACCUUCACCUUUCCCCUCACUAGGCUCUUCUCACACGACUGCAGCAGUAUUAAAUCCAGUCGCCGUUCCUCCUAUCUUCUAGCCAUCACCGCCGAGCGCUCAAAGUCAUGUGACGAGGGACUCAACACGUUCAGGGAGGAGGGACGCAUCCUGAGACUUCCUAAACGAGUGAAGAGCUUCUUCACAGACGGGUCUCUGGACAACCUGGGGACGGCGGAGGAGGUCCGCUCCAAGCGCCACUCCACGUCGGAGCUGGGAAACAUCACGUACAGCGACGUGCGGCGGGAGGGAUGGCUGCACUUCAAACAGAUCCUGACCGAGAAGGGCAAGAAGGUGGGCAGCGGCAUGCGUCCGUGGAAGCGGGUCUUUUCGGUCCUCCGCUCCCACUCGCUGUUCCUCUACAAGGACAAGCGGGAGGCGGUGCUCCGCGGCGCCACCAUCGGCGGCUCGGCCGAGGACGAGCAGCCCAUCAGCAUCCGCGGCUGCCUGGUGGACAUCGCCUACAGCGAGACCAAGCGCAAGCACGCCCUCCGGCUCACCACCCAGGACUUCUGCGAGUACCUGCUGCAGGCGGAGGACCGCGAGGACAUGCUGGACUGGAUCAAGGUCAUCAGGGAGAACAGCAAGACCGACAGCGAGGAGCUCGGAUUUUCCAGACAGGCGCUGAUCAAUAAGAAGCUGAAUGAUUACAGGAAGCAAAGUCCAACGGCCGGAAAGCCGGACUCGUCUCCCCGGAUGCCGCGCAUGAAGCCGCCGUUCCUCCUCAACAAGACGGAAAACGCUGCCGGAGCUCCGCGAUCCCCGAAACCAGAGGGUAAAGAGGAGAGCAGCCCGCCCAAGUCUCCGUGGGGAAUCAACAUCAUGAAGAAGACGAAGAAGGCGGGGCCCAAAGCCUUCGGCGUGCGGUUAGAGGAGUGUCAGCCCGGAGCCAACAACAAGUUCAUCCCCAUGAUCGUGGAGAUCUGCUGCGGCCUUGUGGAGGAGAUGGGCCUGGAGUACACCGGGAUCUACCGGGUCCCCGGGAACAACGCGCUGGUGUCGCUGCUGCAGGAGCAGCUCAACAAGGGCGUCGACAUCAACCCGGCCGAGGAGAAGUGGCAGGACCUCAACGUCGUCAGCAGUUUGCUCAAGUCCUUCUUCAGGAAACUUCCGGAGCCGCUCUUCACGAACGACAAGUACAACGACUUCAUCGACGCCAAUCGGAUGGAAAACGCGUCAGAGCGACUGAAGACCAUGAAGAAACUCAUUCGAGACCUCCCCGAUCAUUACUACCACACUCUGAAGUUCCUGGUCUGUCACUUGAAGACGGUCGCCGACAACUCCGACAAAAACAAGAUGGAGCCUCGGAACCUGGCUCUGGUCUUCGGCCCCACGCUGGUUCGGACGUCCGAGGACAACAUGAAAGACAUGGUGACGCACAUGCCCGACCGCUACAAGAUCGUGGAAACGCUCAUCCAACACUGCGACUGGUUUUUCACCGAGGAGUCGGACAAGGAUGAGAAGACGCCGGUGGACACGGAGGACGUGCAGCCCGUCCCCAACAUCGACCACCUGCUGUCCAACAUCGGCCGGACCGCCCUGCUCGGGGAGGCCUCAGACUCAACCAACAGUGACUCUGCGAAAUCAAAGGGGUCGUGGGGGUCAAAGAAGGACCUGACGGCCAAGGACUUCCUGACUCUGUCCAUCAUGUCUGCCGUCACCGGGCGCAAGCGCAGGAAGCGCCACAACGCCCGCCGCGUGGGCAGCAGCACCGACGACGACUCCGAGCACGAGCCCGGCAAGGCGGGGCGACUGGGGGCCGAGGAGGAGGAGGAGGAGGAGGAGGAGGAAGAGGAGGCGGAGUCGCCGGUGGGAGACACGGCUCCUCGCGCAGAGGGAGAGGAGGACGAGGAAGACGAGGAAGAAGAGGAGGAGGAGGACGAGGAUGAGGAAGUCGUAGAAGGCGGAACGAAAGAGGAGGUGGAAGAGGAGGCGGCGCCGGCGGCGGCUGCCGGUCCGCCCCGCCGCAAAGAGGAAGAGGAGGCGGGAGGAAGGCCGGCGGCCGUGCUGCUGUCGGAGGAGGAGGGCCCGGCAGAGGGGAAGGGGCCGCGGUGGCGAGCGCCGGACGACGCCCGCUCCAUCGUGUCCGGCUACUCCACCCUGUCCACGCUGGGGCGGAGCCUGGGCUCGGAGGGGAGGGGGGACGACGCGGACGACGAGCACAGCGAGCUGGUGAGCGAGACGGACAACGAGAGCGGCUUCGCCUCGCGCUCGCUCACCCAGGAGAGACCCGACAAGACGCCCGCCAGCGCCCCGCCCCCGGCCGCCGGCGCCCCGCCCCCACGCAGCUUCCUCUACACUCACUGCAAACCCCCCGCGGUCACGCCCGCCGGGCCCCCCGCCCCGCCCGCCGCUCUCACGGUCACUCCGGACGGCGGCGAGGGCGGCGCCCGCUCCGCCACGCCGUCGUCCUCGUCCUUCUCCUCGUCCUCCGCCUCCCAGCGGCUCCACUCCCGCCCCUCCUUCAACUCCCACAAGCUCAUCCAGUGCGACACGCUGGCCCGCAAGAAGGCCAAGGCCCGCUCCCUGGACCUGCUGGAGCUGUCGGGGGCGGGGCCGGGAGAGGGCGGGGCCAGCCCGGGCCAGGAGCCCGCCCCCAGAGGGAGGAGGGACGCCUCCAGGACCAACCCCUCCUCGGGCAGCAGCCAGGAGAGCCUGCGUCCGGCCCGGCCCCGAGCGGCCCCGCCCCCCAGCGAGGCCGCCUCCUUCGCCCCCGCCGGCCCGGCGGGCGGCCGCUCCCUCGCCGAGCAGGUGCGCGCCCGCCUGCUGGGCUCGGCCGACGACCUGCGCAGCGUGGGGCUGCGGAAGCCGCUGUCGCCCGAGACGCGCAGGAAGAGGCGGGCGUGGCGCCGGCACACCGUGGUGGCCUCCCCCACCGAGGCGUCGGAGAAGAGGCCCCCCCUCGCCGUCACCGAGUUCCCCCUGUCCCCCGUCGCCGCCGGCCAGGGCAAAGCCGGGCCCGACCACGGGCCGGCCGGGCGUCAGGUGCCCCCCUCUCGCUUCCACCAGUACCUGUGAGCCCGGCGGUGGAGGGGCGGGGGAGGGGGGGGGGGGGGGGGGUCAGCGACCCGGCAGCCAAGCUUCCAGACCUCUUCACCGCCAAGAAUCCCCCCAGAGCGGCGCUUCCUUCCCACGAGACUUCAAACUAAAGGUUCAAAUCCCUUCAAGUGACCAGAGGUGGGGGCAGGGGCAGGGGAACGCCCCCCCCCCCCCCCCCCCCCCCCCCCUCCCCCGGCUGGUUCUUGACAGAAUGGUGCUUCUUCUCAAACUAUUAACUCUCACUGCUUUUCUAACGCCACUCCGGUGAACCUGAACAGACACUCUUACAAAUGCAAAAAAAAAGUUAACUUUUAACCAUUUCAUGAGUGGAUCAGUCAGAUCAGUAACCUGCUCCCCCCACCCCACCCCUCCACCCCCCCACCCCCCCUCCUCCACAGACACUGUAAAGAGUCCUCGCUCCUCCACCUUUACCUGUUCAUAAUGUCUGUGUUUUGACCAGGUGUUUGUCUUACACAGUUUUUUGUAACAUUUGUACAAAGCCUUGUUAAGUUAACCGUGUAAAUAGAAAUAAUAUGUUAUCAUAUUUGGUUUGACUUCUUUUUUUUUUUUUUUUAGCUCUCUUUUUUAUGGUUUACAAAAUGUGUGUACAAGUGCACAGUCAUUUCUUUCAAGGUGUUACUUGAAAUGUCUCCCUUAAUAUAUUCUGUUUUUGUUUUAUAUUCUAUAUAUAUAUUAUAUAUAUAUAUAUAUAUUUUGUAUUAAAGUAAAAAAAAAAUUCUUUAUUGCGAUUUCACCUGUUGAAAGCAGAGGAGAUAAACGUGGCGGCGCCUGCUCCUCGACCUCCUCCUCGAUGGCCUUUCUCUCAGAUUCACAGCACUGUGCGGACGACCGCUUAUCCUCAGAUCUCGUCUUACGAUCAACAUUAUGUAGCGACUCCUGCGGCCAUCCCGUGACUGCAUGUAGCAUCUUAUGGGGUUGAGGUGGUCGGCUCUCUCUCUCUGGCGUCUGGGAUGGCCGAGCCUCGUGUUCUCGUGGCCCCCGCCUCCCCUCGGAGGCUUUGGCCGUUUUGUUAUUACCUCCAGGUUGCACGACUUUGGAGUUUUCCAUACGGUCACAUCCUAAUAAAGCCUCUGCUGACUGACUGGGAGAGGGUGGGGUUUGGUGGUGGUGGAGGGGGGGGUGGCGGUCGGUACUCUGGAGGAAAUGAAAACAGAAUGUCUGCUUCUACUCUCUCAAAGAGGGAGGGCCACUUGAGGCAUCCUCGUCUGACCAAACCACAGUGAAGAAUAAUAAUAGUGACGGUAAUAAGUUCUGGUCUUGUCUUUUACCUCAAUUCUUUCUCCAAGUGCCUGAUUUGUGGAAUGUGUUUCUGUUCUGCGGUGCCAUGCUCGGUUCUCCCGUUCCCCUGCGUUUACCUCCUCCACUGUGGCUGAUAGAUUAACUCAAGGCACUGACCCAAAGAUGUGUACGUCAGAAUCGAAGCGGCCUGAAGCGAGAGGGUAUUUCAAAAAAAAAAAAAGAAAAGAAAAGAAAAAAGAAGCACACUUGAAGCCAAGGACACAUCUAUGCACUCUCUUCGCCUCCCACCGAGGCAUUAACAGCUUUCACCGACGCUGCUAAGAGGGGAAAAGGCAAAGUAUUCUCUCUGCUGCUUUUAUUCUUAACAGACCGCCGUCGUCUCUCUCUCUCCUGUCCCAGUGCGUGAACAUGGUACACCCAGCAAGCCCUGUCCUGAAACAUCCACCGUGUGGUUCUCACCUGAUGUCUCCUUGUCGUGUUUUACAGGUUGUUGUUUUUUUUGUACAUACUAUCUUAAUAUGUAACAUACUGUAUUGUGUACAUUUGGAAUUGCUUUCGAGUAUAACUAAUAUGAAAGUGACUGGACUAAAAAAACGAAAAAGAAGUUUGUCCGUCUGGAAUCAUUUCCCUCAUGGCUGUGUGCUUUAAAGCAAGGUUCUACGAUGUAAAUAAACAGAAAUAUGUUUAAAGA